AUGCCAUCUGUAAACUCGGUCAACGCUGGACUCAGCGCCAGCCAUGCACAAGACGCAAAAGAGAACUCUGCAGAUUCGUCUGGACACGGCAAACAUGAUGAUGAGACCGGGAGCGUUGACUCACGGUCUUCGAUAGACCAACGCAUGAACCGCGUUGAAUCACCAGUCCCAAUGUCCCCUCCCGGAUCUCCGCUCAGGACACCGAGGGCUACACUCCCUGACACGCCCUCAAGCCGUACAGGUCCACCACGCUCCUUGUCAUUCAGCUUCUCCCACCCGAGCUCUUCAUCCGUCCCGCGUCAAACUCUUAGCAUUGGCCAGCAGGAGUACACCGAUAUUUUUGAAAAUGAUUUGGGAGAUCGUGGCAAAACCUCGUUUCAAAUUAAUUCAAGUUCGUCAAGCUUCCGGGGUGCGUUUGAGCUUAACUCUCCUCUGGGAAAACCGACCACAGAUAAGAAGGGCAAAGCAAGAGAGAGCAGUAUGUUCAACCAAUUCCAGGAUUCACCGUUAGAGGACAGGUCGAAUUCGAUGUUUCCGGAACCUUCUAACACAAUAAUUGAAGAGGAAGAAGAGAAGAUAGAGAGGAAACCCAUGUCUCGCCACCAAACAAUAGGACCUAUUCGCAAGCCCACCGACCCUCCCCCUGGGGAUCUCCAGCGCUCUCAAUCUCACCCUCCCCGAGCAGACUCCAAAAAGCCAGGAUCAUCCGCAAGAUGGGGCAAAUUACGUGGUCUCCUACCUAAUGUCAUUCGCACUGGGCAACCUGUUUCACACUCCGUGGUCACCUCAAACGAGGUGAAUAUCACGGACGAACUCAUUACGGGCGGUCUGUCCACAUUGAUGCUGCGUUUGUGGUUCGAACGCGACGAAAGGGGGCACCGGCGCAUCCCUAUCCUCCUCCAUCGUCUGCGCAUACGGAUUAGUGACAGUCUACAUCCCAUGCAAUCGCAUAAAGCUGUGUUUCGUAUCGAGUGUGAAUAUGCCAAUGGCGCAGUGCGUUGGGUGGUCUACAGGCAGCUUCGUGAUUUCUUUUCCCUGCAUGCCCAUUACACUGUGUCCAACGCGUUUCGCACUCGAAAGGAUGUAUUGCCAGAGUUUCCUCGAACUAGUCUUCCCUACUUUAAAUUCUUGAAGAAGGAAUCCAGCGGGCGUCACGUCAAACAAACUGACUUUGCUCGUUUGCAACGAGAAGCGCUGGAGGAAUAUUUGAUUACACUUAUCCGCGCCGUUAUGUUCCACCCAACCGCAAACCGACUCGCAGGCUUUCUAGAGAUGAGUGCAUUAUUCAUCACUCGUGCUCUGUCUGGCAGCGCACAAUAUAAGGCUGGAUUCCUGCGCAUUCACACAGAAGGCAAUGGGGCCGGGUUUGGACGAAAAUCAGCACGGUGGCGAGAGCGGAAGGAGGCUCGGUGUUUUAAGAUCAUUCGGCCCACACGAUACUAUCGUAAGGGUCUGCACCUCUUGCACUCAGAACCGGAGGACCGUGAAUUUCUUGUUGGCCUCAACAAGGCGGAGCAGCAGCCGCACCCACAGACUCAGACGGAAUACCCACAGGCCGAGGUCGACUGUCUCUCUGCAAUGGAUAGUAUCAAAAGUCGCCUUUCGCGGGCCUUUCGAAUCGCUAAUAGGUCGUCGCCAAAUAUUACAGCCACUACGGGUGGUGAGGUGCAGGGUAAUGGGGAUGUUACUACGGAAACAGGGCACAGGAGGACAGAGUCAGUCAGUUCUGGCAGCUCCGCAGUAUCAUCUCGUCCUGUGACACCGAUGUUGGACCCGUCUACGCAUGUGAAUCCUCUGAAGAGUAGUGGUACCGCGGAGGGCAGGGAGACACAGGGGGAGACAAACGAACAGGAUAAGAGGAAAAAGAAGAAACAGGAUGAUGUCUCAAAGCACACGUUCUAUGUCGAGAAUUCGCAGAUGCGGUUGAAGUUGUUCGCAAGAAAUGAGCGUCAAAUGUUGCAAUGGAUUACUGCCCUGGAAAAAGCCGCUGCUACGACCCCUUUCAUCGCAAAAAAUAACCGCUUCGACAGUUUUGCUCCAGUGCGAUUGAACGUCGCUGCUCAGUGGCUUGUUGAUGGGGACCAGCGCGACUACAUGUGGAAUUUGUCCCGGGCUAUCCUCAUGGCGAAAGAGACUAUCUAUAUUCAUGACUGGUGGCUAUCCCCUGAGCUGCAACUGAGGCGUCCCAAUAAACCCAGGUAUCGCUUGGAUCACCUCCUUGAGAGGAAGGCCAAGGAAGGCGUCAAGAUCCACAUAAUUCUAUAUCAGGAGGUUUCGAACCGAACUACCCCCACGGAUAGCAACUAUGCGAAGCAACGCCUCAUGUCGCUGCACCCAAACAUCAUGGUUCAACGUUCACCUUCACACUUCCAAACUGGUACAUUCUACUGGGCACACCAUGAGAAGCUCUGCGUUAUUGACGAGACUAUCGUAUUCAUGGGAGGGAUUGACCUAUGUUUCGGAAGAUGGGAUACGCCACAGCACGUCAUCAUCGAUGACGUGGAGCUAUCUACAGACAAGACCGAAAUCUGGCCAGGCAAAGACUACAGUAAUCCGCGGGUUCUUGAUUUUCAUGCGCUAAAUAAACCCUUUGAGGACAUGUAUGACAGGGCGAAGGUGCCCCGGAUGCCUUGGCAUGAUGUAGGCAUGCAAGUCGUAGGCCAGCCUGCUCGUGAUGUCGCUCGACACUUUGUUGAAAGAUGGAAUUAUUUGCUUCGGUUGAAAAACCAUUCUCGAACCAUGCCUUUCCUGCUACCUCCGCCGGAGUUUAAACCAGGAGAGCUUGUCGCAAUGGGUCUGACAGGCACAUGCGAGAUGCAAAUUUGCAGAUCAGCCGGCCCUUGGUCGCUCGGUACUUCCAAUCGAAUUGAGCAUUCGAUUCAAAAUGCAUACCUGAAAGCCAUCGAGAUGUCGGAGCACUUUGUGUACAUUGAGAAUCAAUUCUUCAUAACCUCGACCGUCGUGAAUGAUGUCAAGAUUGAGAACCGGAUUGGCGAUGCGUUGGUAGAUCGGAUCACCCGUGCACAUCGCGACGGCACUCCAUGGAAAUGUUGCAUUGUCAUUCCCCUCCUCCCUGGGUUCCCCUUUUCCAUUGAUCACAGCGACGCCAGCGCAGUUCGAAUCAUUGUCGAGUGUCAGAACCGCACUAUCUACCGUGGGCCCAAUUCGUUGUUUUCCCGACUUCGUAAAGAGGGUAUAGAUCCUGAAAAUUAUAUCUCCGUGUUUUCGCUGAGAAACUGGGCUAAAAUGCGAAACGGUGUAUUGACUACGGAGAUGUUAUAUAUUCAUGGCAAGGUUUGUAUUGUGGAUGAUCGUCUGGCAAUCAUUGGCAGCGCAAACAUCAAUGAGCGUUCUCAACGUGGCGAUCGAGAUUCGGAAAUUGCUGCAGUCAUCCGAGAUACAGACCUGAUUGACGGGACGAUGGCAGGAAAACCGUUCAGGGUCGGGCGAUUUGCGCACACCUUGCGAAUGCGGUUGAUGCGAGAGCAUGUUGGUGUGGAUGUUGACGCCAUGGUUGAACAUGAGCCUAUGCCCCAUGAGGAUAUUGAACCUGACUAUGAACAAGAGCGGGACCCAGAAUCGGAGCAAGAGCCUGGUGGUCGCGAUGUUACUCAAGCCAAGCAUAUGACUCCCAUGCGUGAUAUGCUCCACACCGCAGGCGAAGGUAUCAAACAAACUGGCAACGCAGCUGGUGACGCAGCCGCUUUGAGUGCUUCCCACCACCUUAAGAAACCUAUUGUGAAGGUGGAACUCCAUGAACUAAACACUCUGGAGGAGGAGUGUAUGACGUAUAACCAUGAAGGCAAGACGGAGCCGGGGCUCGCCAGCGCGAUAGUCCCAACUGUGGAAGAGGCAGUUGUUAAAGAUCACCUGCUUCCAGUUUCACAGGCUCAGAACCCUCCUUUGAAGUACAAGCUCGAACAUGGACUGGGCGAAAACUCUGACACCGUCGAGAAGCGCACGGCUGAUGGGGAAACAUACAGUGUUCCGGCGCUUGCGUCAAGGAAUCCACAGACCGAUGACAAACUACCCCACCUGGAGUCAGGAGCCAAUGACCCGGACGAGCUUGAAAAGACUGCUCCGGGAACAAGGGCCCUGCUCAGGAAGCAUCCCGCUAGCAAAGUCGGCAAUAAAACGUGGGGUGUAUUGAACCCCCCUCCCCAUGUAGAUCCAGAGGGUUUUGAGGACCCGAUUUCUGAUGCAUUUUGGAAUAAUGUCUGGAACGCCUGCGCUACACAUAAUACUGAGAUUUAUCGCAAAGUUUUCCACGCUAUCCCUGAUGACCUCAUUGCGACGUGGAAGCAAUACAAAGAAUUCAUUGUUCACCACGAACGCUUCUCUAAGCUGGCAACGAGUGGUCAUUCAUCCCGCCCAGUAUCACAAGUACCCUCAGAGACAGCGUGCGAAGACGGACCAUAUCAAAAGGGAGGCUUGGCGGAUGCUGCUGAGGAGAGCCGUGAGACCUUUCAUACCAACGAUGGGAGCGACGGCGCCCCCUCCAGAGGUUCCCACCCCCUAGACAAGGACACUCGUAGCAGAAAACCUGUGAAUGGGAUAGAGCCUUUUACCAAGCAGGAGCGAGAUGAAAUGGAGGAGUUGUUGAAAGAUGUCCGUGGGCACCUUGUUGUGUAUCCCUCGCGAUUCUUGGAAGGAGAGGAUAUUGCAGGGAACUUCAUGUUCAAUGCAGAUAGGAUGCUACCUCUCCCGAUCUAUGCCUGA